AUGAACUCAAUAUUAUGUGAAUAUUACAGUGAAUGGAGUAAAUGGACUCAAUGCAGUAGAAAAUGUGAACAAACGAGGGAAAGGCGAUGUCGCCUUCCAGAACAAUGUGGACACAGUUUUGUAAAAGAGAAACGAAUGUGUAAAAACCGAUCGAAGAAGCGUUGUUCGGUAUUAUCUUACAAAAUGUUAGGAUUUAAACGUCGCAAUCGUUUUAUUGAACAAUUAUUAUAUGAUUUAUUAUAUGAUAAAUGGUCGAAAUGGAGCCCAUGUAAUCGUUCGUGUAAACAAAAACGCCAAAGGAAAUGUAUGGUGGCCCAUAUCUGCAGAAAAAGCUCAAUUCAGGAAGAACGGCGGUGCCGAGUGCAGGGUAAAAAAUGUGAAAGACGAUUUAUAAAAGUUAAGACAGGGAAAUCAGAUAAUAUCAAAGGUGGAUGUGGUAUUAGACCAAAUAAUGCUUCAGGCUCUUACAGAAUAGUCGGUGGUCAAGAAGCACGAGCUAAUUCUUGGCCUUGGGUGGUAGCUGUAAUGACUAAAUGGAAAGAACAAUAUUGUGGAGCGACACUCAUAGCGCCUCAAUGGGCAAUAACAGCUGCUCAUUGUGUGCGCAAGAAAGGUCGGAAACGUAAAGUAUUAUUAAAGGUUGGAGAGCAUGAUUUAAAUGGAGAAGGCCACAUAGAAGAAACAAUUUCUCCUGAAAAAGAUUUUCCUCAUCCCGAUUUCGAUUAUUCCACAAUAACCAAUGAUAUUGCUUUAAUAAAACUUAAGAAACCAGUGACAAACAAAAGACUGGGAAUCGCCUGUUUACCCGCUAAACGGGACAGGCUUCCAAAAGGCACUCUGUGUUAUACUAUCGGAUGGGGAAAGACUAGAAACACACAUAUUUAUGGUUCCAAUGUUUUACAGGAAGCCAGGGUUCCUAUUGUGAACAGGAAGAGGUGUCAGAGUGUUUUUGACUAUGAAAUUGGUAGAACUCAGGUCUGUGCAGGGUAUAAAAAGGGUGGGGUUGAUUCUUGUGCUGGAGACAGUGGGGGACCAUUGAUGUGUUCUAAGACUGUUAAAGGUCAACAGAGAUGGUUUAUAUAUGGUGUUACGAGUUAUGGGGAAGGUUGUGGCAGAAAGGGAAAAUAUGGUAUUUAUACCAAAGUAUCGAGUUUCUUAAAAUGGAUUAAACAAACUAUAAAAGAUAAUUGA